UGUUAAGCAUCUUUGGUUGUUGAAUUUUGACUUUGGCGUUCAAUUUGAAACUUUGACGGUUAUAAGAGAUUUAGAUUGUUUAUUUUGAAGUGUAUUUAGUUUAGUUGUUGAAUUCUGUUUGUCGGAUAGUAGCCUAAAGAAAGGAGACUCGUAUUCUCUAAUGUGGUGUGAAAUCUAUAUUCUGUUUAUGACUACGAGAACGAAUGUUUCAAAUAGAAGGAUGUAUUUGGAGACUCGCAUGUUUGAGUGAUCGGACACUUUUACGUUGAUAGUUACUCUACAUUGGUAACAACAUUAAGCGGAAAUUGCGAAAUAAGUUCCCUUACUAGUGGAAGAGGGCUAGAAGGAAGAUGGGAAAUUGUCCGUCCGCCGGUCUCAAGGAAUUAUUUGAAGAGGUUAUCUCGAAUGAGAGCAAACACGACGCGGUAUUGCCAAGCAGUGGUACACCAGACAGGAUGACACUUAUUGAUCCGAGAUCUCCUUUGGUAGACGCAGAACGGACACCGAUCGAGGUGCUGUUCAAAUCGGCCGCAUUCAGCCACGUGUCUGCUGAGGCAGAUGUAGAGACAGUGGAUGAUAACCACCAACAUAGGAGGCAGUUGGAUGAUCCCAGGUCCGCCACUGCCGGCAUACCGAGAACCCCUAUUUUGGUGGAAAGCCCAUCGGAGCUAAAGGGCGACAACGCUGAGGCCGCUGUGGAAGUGUGUGCUGAUGUGGAGGAUGAGCAAAAAUUUCCAAAGCCUGCCGUUUCAGAUACUCCUACCCAGGUCUGUGACGUGCCUCAGAAAGUUAUGGCAGUUGCAAAGAAGCUGACAUUUGACGUAUCUCCGUCACCGAGGAAAGUGAAAACAGCUGAAGUUACAUUGACGACCUGCAGUCGCACACCGCUGGCCCACGUCCCAGUGAAUAACCGAAGUGAUACUCCGACCAGACCGAACGGCAACCGCCACGGCCGACGGACUUCUGCGAAGGCGCAGGGGCCGAUGUCGCCACUGCAGUUGCUCCACGUGCGGCAACGCCUGGCCGUGAAGCGGGCGUUGCAGCUCACUCGCAGGCAAAUGGAGGCAGAGGAGGAGAACUGUCCGCCUGUAGCUGUCGAGGGUGCCCGCAGCGAGUUGGCAGCCCGGCCGAUAAAAAUUUCUGCACCUCCUACACUUGCUGCCAAGGAUAUGGCUCUUCGGUUUUGAUACUUACACUGUGGCAGCGGAAAGAUUCUUGUGAUACUUUGUGUUUAUUCUUCUUAUCAGUGUCUGUCUAACAUGAAAAUUCUAUUUUUUGUAUGUUAAGUGUUGUAAACUAGUGGGGAGUAUUGAGUAAUAGGAUGAUUGUAGUGCAAUAUUAUCAAAGUACUCAUAUAAAUAUAUACAAAAUAUUAAAGCACUAAGCAUGAAUGACUAUAAUAAAUGAAGGAAGGUGUUAA